AUGAUAGCUAGUCGCUCGUUUACUGUUCCAGCGAGGCAGUGUCUGCGUAUAGCUAACGUGUCUCGCCCAUGGGUCCCCGCAAUAGCACCAAUAGCACAAGUAUGUGAGGUCCAAUUGCAUGUGCUGCAUCUGAAGACAAUGCUUACGAACCUGCCUGUGAUCAAGACUCAAUUCAGGUCUUACUCGAUCCCAUAUGAAGACAAAGUUGCCAAGUUCAAAGGGAAGAAAGGCUCAGAUGUCCCAAUCAAGUGGGAAUCUGUAGAUGUCACACCCCAAUUGAAGGACGGCAGAACCGUCAUUCCUGACAAAGCCAUUGAUAGUGUCAAAACAAACUUCGUUGCGCUUAAAGGACCUCUAGCCACCCCGAUAGGAAAAGGCCACGUCUCUCUCAAUCUCACUCUUCGCCGUACAUUCAACCUCUUUGCCAACGUCCGUCCCUGCGUGUCUAUCGCCGGCUACAAAACCCCCUAUGACAAUGUCGACACCGUCCUUAUCCGCGAAAACACCGAAGGAGAAUACAGUGGGAUUGAACAUGUCGUGAUCGACGGUGUUGUACAGAGCAUAAAAUUGAUCACCCGGGCUGCUUCUGAACGGGUAUUGAGAUUCGCGUUUCAGUAUGCAGAGGACGUAGGCAAGAGGAAGGUUCGGGUUGUGCAUAAAGCUACGAUCAUGAAGAUGAGUGACGGCUUGUUCUUGAACAUUGCUCGCGAGAUCAGCAAGGACUUCCCACAGAUUGAGUUUGACGCUGAACUACUCGACAACGCAUGCUUGAAGAUUGUAACGGACCCAACACCCUACAACGACAAGGUGCUAGUGAUGCCGAAUCUUUACGGUGAUAUCCUUUCGGACAUGUGCGCCGGACUGAUUGGUGGAUUGGGCUUGACACCUUCUGGCAACAUUGGAGACGAAUGCUCUAUCUUUGAGGCGGUGCACGGUUCGGCGCCAGAUAUUGCAGGCAAGAGCCUUGCAAAUCCAACAGCGCUGCUGCUGAGCAGCAUCAUGAUGUUGCAGCACAUGAAUCUGCAUGAGCAUGCAGACCAAAUCCAGAAAGCUAUCUUUGAUACUCUGGCAGAAGGAAAGUAUUUGACUGGCGACUUGGGAGGGAAGGCGAAAACACACGAGUACGCAGAGGCAAUCAUCAAGAAGUUGUAG